CGCGAGGACAGAGAGCGUCCGGUGGCUUUCAAUGGCAACACUUUUCUCAUGUUUUCCAACAAACCGAAUUCAAACCAAUGGCCGGAAAUAGGAAUCGACGGCCAAAAGGAGAACCGCUUCGAAGUGCGUCUUCUGGCGCGCGGACGCAACGGAAUCGUGGUUUGGCUCUCGAAAGGUGCGACGACGGACACCGACUACCUGUCGCUCGCUGUGGUCAACGGUUCUAUUGAGCUGUCCUUCAAUUUGGGCGCUCAGAAAGACCUCCUUUUCGCGCGCAGUGACCGUCGCGUCGACGAUCAUCGCUUCCACUCUGUGCUCGUGCAUCGGACCGAGAGAGCGGCCACUUUGCGAGUGGACGACGACCCGCCCGUCACCGUGGAGUCAGAGGCCGGCGCCAACCGACUCGACACCGAUGGCGUGCUGUGGAUCGGCGGCUCUCCCGGACUGCCGACUGGUCUUCCGCCGCACUACUACUCGGGAUUCGACGGUUGCGUCGAAUGGGUUCGAGUGGACGGCGAACCGCUCCCACUGUGGAGUCACUCGACGGCCAGUCGUCUCGAGUUUUGCUGACAAUUUGCUGAGAGCUGUGAUUUAUUU